AUGAAGUUCGUACUCAGUCUUGCUUGGCUAUCACUCGCUACGUGUGCCACGAUCCGUAGCCCCCAACCCGUCUCAUAUGAUGGCUAUCAGGUCCACCGCCUCCGGUCUACUGGGUCUCAGUAUGCGUCAGCAAAGCGGGCGCUUGCCUCCAUUCCCCAUGAGACCUUGAACGAAGUUCGUGGAACUUGGGAUGUUCUCAUUGCACCCGAGCAAUUGGACGCCUUCAAUGCACUGGGGCUCAAAUCUCGAACUCUGCACGCGAACCUAGCCGACUCCAUUGCCCGAGAGUCUUAUGUCAAGAAGGCCUGGAAGAGGCAAUUGAAUGGGUCAGAAGAUGCGUGGUUUGAUAGCUACCAUCCAUAUGAAGACCACAUUAGCUGGUGGCGCGAAUUACAGGAGUCUUUCCCGGAGCACUCAAACUGGACGAGCACCGGAACAUCUUACGAAGGACGCGACAUGUUCGGCGUUCAUCUCUGGGGAGCUGGUGGUCCCGGAAAGCCUGCAGUCAUCUACCACGGUACUGUGCAUGCCCGUGAGUGGAUCACUGCACCAGUCAUCGAAUAUAUCGCGAAGCAGCUUGUCGACGGAUACAAGGCAGGUGACAACGACACGCAAGCCGUCUUGGACAACUACGACUUCUAUAUGUUCCCAUUCGUCAAUCCUGAUGGAUUCGUCUUCUCUCAAACUGACAACCGCUUGUGGCGCAAGAACCGUCAGCCACCACCAGAAAACGCUGCCAACCAGACGUGCUUUGGUCGUGACGUGAACCGAAACUGGGAGACGGGAGAAGCGCCCCGCGAUACGCCUGAGAACCAGGGCAUGGACAACCUGAUUCGAAAUAUACGCGAUGAGCAAGGCAUCAAGCUAUACAUCGACUGGCAUAGCUACUCUCAACUUAUAUUGUACCCGUUCGGCCACAAAGAAACCCUGUACGCACCAGAACUCGGCAUGUGGACUAAAGCUGCUGCUUUGAUGAGCGAUACCAUCCGCUACUACUCGACCAAUGCAACUACGUACGUCUUCGGUCCUAGCGGAGCGACCUUGUACCCGACGACUGGUGCAUCGAUCGACCAUGUCUACACUAUUGGUCGCGCUAAGUUUUCCAUGACCAUUGAAUUACCCGACACCGGAGACUUUGGUUUCGUUCUGCCCCCGGAGAGGAUCCGACCUGCGGCGGAGGAACAGUGGGUUGGUCAACAAGUGAUCCUCCAACUUUUGGACGAGGAGUUCUUCGAUGGAGAUGGCCCAGCGAUUGGUGCCUUGGGUACGACCUGGUAG